AUGGGUUGUUGUUUGACCACCUCCCGCGCAACCACCAAUAAAACAACCCACCGCCGUCUGGAUGAUUCCAAAAGUAGAAUCGAAGAACGGGCUACUCAUGCUACUCCGUCGCCACCAUUUGAAAAAGAGUCAGUCAAAGAAGUCCUCUCCGAAACUCCCAUCUCAAUAUCAAUACCAAUAAUCCAAACCACCACACAGAUUCUUCAUGAAAAUGACGCCGGCAAGAAAUCAAACCAAGAAAAUGUUACUGAGAUGUCGGAGAUGUGUAGUUACAAUGAGAGCUUAUCUGCUGCCACCACGUCCAAGGCGGCGAUGACAGAUACCGAAAGAGAUGUAGAUGAAAUCGAAGAUGAUGGGGAAAUUACACAGAAAAUCAUUACGUCUCCACCACCCAAAAAGGUUCUCAGGAAACGGCCGGAGAAGUUCACUGGCGAGAUAUUCGAGGAGAAGGACGGAGGUAUCCGGCCACCACCUAGAAGGUUAGUAGCUCCUCCACCAAAGAAGAUAAGUCGGCUCCCAUCCAAUACAACUCCGACAACCCACCGCCACGGGUAUGUUGGACCAUCCGAUGUUGUCCGACGAGGUCUCCGCCUUCCCGGCGAACGAUCAAGGUCGCCCGCGAUUAGGGGACUACGUCUGAAUAUGAGAGAGGGAAGUCCUGCAUCUGUAAAAAACUCCGGUGAUCAGAUAAGAGUGAAAUCCGAUGACAUUGAAAGAAAUGUGACGGUGGUGAUGGUCGGUGUUCCAUCGGAGCUGGAGACAAGUGAGUCGCUGGACAACCCGGUUGUUUCUUUGGAGUGCUUUAUUUUUCUGUAA